CGGUUUUCCUGAGUAUAAAAGUUACCCAAAUAUGAAUUCAAUGCUUAGAAGAAACUUUACGGAAGCCAGGAAUGAAACAGAAAUGAAGCUGUUGGUAUAUCUAAUAUUGAUAAUCACUACUGUAUCUGGAAGUAUCACUUAUCCACAUUUGUUCUACGGUGGCUACAGCUAUGGGUUUCCAUCCUAUGAAGCUCAGAAACAUUUCAACAAAGCAAAGUACGAAGCACGAAAAGCUCAUGAUCUUGCAAAACUACGUGCUGGUAUAUAUGGUCUAGGUGGCGGAUUGUAUGGAUAUAGAUAUGGAAGCCCUUUUUCCAAACCCAUAUUACCAUUAUCUCUGGAGCUAUCAAUUCCUCACAUAAGUAGUUUUCCAUCAAUAUAUGGCCAUAAAUAUUUUCCAAAUUUUCAUCUUGGUUUAAGUCACACUAUAGGAAAAUAUCCUCUAAUGUACUUCCAUUCCCUUCCAUUGGAGUCUUCAAAGCACUUGCAUUCUCAAAAUUUUGAAUAUGGUAAACAUUAUACUUAUACACACUCAAGCUUUGGAUAUCCUUCAUUGUUGAUAUACUCCUCGGGAAUAUCAAGUUCAUAUUUCUUUCCCUCUACAACAUUCAAAGGAAAAUCUUCACAUGGACAUAUUGAGGCUACUCUACCCAUAAAGUACCACAGUUUGAAACAACCUAUUUUUCUAAAAGAACCAGCUGUCUUUGGAAUUACUCACUCUACUUUCCAUUUUCCUAAAGAUGAUAUUAUUUACGGAAUAAGAUACAAAAAUUUUGUAAAAUCUCCAGUGACCAAUAAGGUAUCAAAGAGUGCAGUGUAUACUCAUGGUAUUCCAGGAGAAGGCUUUGUACUGUAUAAGUCUGACGAUUCGCAUAAACCACAUAUGGAUUCAACCUUCAUAAAGAAUAUACACGCCGGUGAUAUCCAUCAUAGUUUACCAAUCCUUGACUCAAGAACUGUUGAAUACAAAGAUUUAGGCCAUGCAUCUCCAGGAAUAAUUAUUGGUGAAAUACAUGCCGAUGAUCUUGAUUUACUUGCAUUCGGAUCAGGCAUAAAGCAAACUGAAAAACUAAUUUAGGGCUGGGCUUAAAAAGCACGUUUACAUCAAUUGCAUGAAUAAGUUUUGGAUUAUUAUAUAAUUGCUGUAUAAAUAAAUGUAAAUAUAAGCACCUGCUAGUUUAAUUCUAGACAAACUUCAGCGUAAAUACUGGUACUUAAAUGCCUAAUUCGAAUAAAUAUUAGAAAUAGAAAUCUUCGUGAAUAUGUGCAGCAGUAUUAUUAAUAAUAUAUGAUUUCUAUAGUAGCAGUAACGAAGACAAUUAUUUAAGAAGAGUGUGAAAAUAUAACACAAAUUAAAACUGACGAAACUAAUAACAGAAUACAAUAAUUUUGAUAUGAAUUUAUGUAAUAUGAACUUGUGUAAUCUAUAAUAUUGUAUAAUAAUAUAUCAGUUAAUAUAUUUUAGACAUACUGGGUAAUCAGCAAAUUAGGAGCAUGCCAUUUUAGGAUCUAUGAAACUUGUUAAGUAAGGAUUCAUAAAAGUAUUAAUAUAACUAAAGGUACUAUUAUAUCGCUUAGGAUAUGGACUGAGUUUAUAUCAGUACAUUAUAUUAAGUAUUUUAUUUUACAAUAAAUUGCAUGUAUUGGGAACCGCAAUCUUUUAAUCGCUCUAAAAUGUGAAAGAAUAUGGUUAGAGCCCCUUAUAUAAGAACUAUGAUUACAUGUGCACAUGUUCCCAUACACACACACAUAUAUAUAUACAUACACAUACAUAUAUACAUACAUACACACACCAUAUAUACAUACAUACACACAUAUGUAUAUAUAUAUAUUGCCUAGACAAUGAAAAGCUGCUGUUAAUAACUGCUUAAACAAUAAGAAGUGCUUGGAUUCUAAAAAGAGACUGAACAAAAAUAAGCAACAUUAUUCUGUCAAUCCCCUCUGUGUACAUGGAAUUUUUACAUUGCAGUAUGUAGUAGAUUGUUUUUAGCCUUUUAGGAUAUUGUUCAUUAAUAUUACUUUUAUAGUUGAGGAUAAAGUGUAUCCUUUUUCCUGAGGGUAAAGGUGUAAUAGUCUCAACUCAUAAUCUUUAUAAUCUUUGGUAAAUGAAGUUCUUCAAAGAAAAAACUUAAAUUUCUCAUCUUUCGUCAUCUAAUUUAGUAUCCCAAAUUUGUUAGAAAAAACACAGAAAACUCGGUUUUCCUAAUAUAUGAUAGGCUGCGAUGCCAGAGAGUGACACCAAACACUUGGAAUGACAAGUAGAGCGCUAGAUACUUUGAGGUUUAAAUAUUCAUUAGGAAAAUUUUUGUAAUAUUUUUAAUUAUUUUUGAAUGUGUUUCUUUUGAAAGAUCUUAAAAUUUAUCUUACCAUAAAAGUCUUGCUGACUAAACUAUACUUUCUCAAGCGGCUUUCAGAAUUUAAUUGAAACUUUUGCUUACCUUUGACUCGACUAAUAGAACCGCUAUAACCCCUCGUAAAUUCGAAUUUUUCUAAUUAUUAAAAGUUUGAAUUUUCCACACUAAAACGUCACGCUGACAGAACUAUAUUUCCUUCAAGCAGUUCAGGAUAAAUGAAAUUUUUUGUUUAUGAUUAUCUCCAACUUAAUUAGAAGCACCUAAAACAAUUUAUGUUAAGGCUUUCUGUGCUUAAGGUUAUCACUGAAUUAAAAUUCUAUUAACCAGUAAAAGUGUAAAUAUGUUUUACUAUAGAGAGCAUGAUGGCUAAAUUGUACUUCUUUAAGCACCAUCCAGAAUUAAGUGAAAACGCUUGGCUUCUAAUUAUCAUUGACUGAAUAGUAGACAGUAUUCAAGCAAAAUGUUUAUAAGAUAUUACCUUCUUCCUUUCUGCAUGUCUUCAUGGUAUAACAAUAGCACACUCGGCGCGUAUUCGAGAGGUUCAGGUUCAAGUCCAGGCGAGGGCAUUGCUUAUUUUUCAUGUGCUCCUACUUCCAAAAAAUCUAAUGACUCUAUAAAUGAGUCAAUAUAUAGUACUUAAAGCUCUCAUUGAAUUCAAAUUUUACUACUAGUACUUUUUACUAUCUUAAAAUAAUCGUUUAUGGGUUAAUUAAUUUAUCUUACCAAAAGGAUUAUAGUUACAAUGCCUUCAAAGCAUAGCUAGUAGUCUUAGUCAUUCAUCACAAGAGCAAAAUCAUUUGUAAAUACAGUAGUUAAAAUUAUUCUUCCUCUAUCCUUCUUAUCAGAUCCGGAAUUUUGUAUUUUCUGAUUAUAACUGAGUUGAAAAACGGGAUGUGACUCGGAAGACAAAGCUCACAUUUUUCUUUAUUUUCAUGUUAAGCAUUAAAUCUGUUUAUUCUUCAGUUUGUCACUGUUGUUGCAACCUUAAGAAUUUCGUAUUGCUUAUGUAAUUUCAAUGUGUUAUUACGUUCAAUGGGUUAUUAAGAGUAUAAAGUUUUAGCAUAGCCAAAAUAUUUAAAUAAUACAAGCCACAGUUAAACAAUUGAUUUAGUGUAUCAGGGAGAAAUAUAAGCCUCUUCAAAAGAAUAGAGAUGAAAGUAACAUGCAUAUUGCUUCCAUACUUAUUCCCUUAAUAAAACAAAUUUCGCAAGUUAGUUCAAACUUUAAUUCACUUAAAUAAAAGCAGAUUUCCAUGUAGCAAGCAUCGUAAGCUCAGUGCUCUUUGCUACCCAUAAAGGAACAUGCAAAGAGUGUUAACUUAGUAAUAAACUGAAUAACUCUAUUAACAGUACUGAUUAAAGAAAAUUGACGACUAGAUACAAUUUUUGAUUUUUCAGUUGUGACUUUAUUUUAUUGUAGAGUUAUUCUGAGUAAAAAAGAAUUGGUAUUAUUCCCACUCCAUGAAAAAUGCACACUAAUAAAAUUCAAGAAAUGUGUACUAAAAUUUUUUAUGGAAAAAUUUAGAAUUAGGUCUUUUUUUAUUUCUACCUAACCCCUUUCCCUCAAUGGUUAAAAAUGCAAACAAUAAUAAUCUGCACACUGGGUAACCAGCCAUUGAACUGUGAUGAACUCACAUUUCAAGUAACGAGUUUAAUUAGUAAAGGGUACUUAAAGCAUGUCAAGAGAAACCAAACAAGCACUUGUCACUGUCAGUUUAAAGCAGGAAACAUUUGAUAAAUACGUAUUAAUUUUCACUAGUGAAAACUAAAUUAAAAAUGAAAGACUGGAAUCAAAAUGUAUUUAGACAAACUCAGAUGAUACUCAAUGCAAAAUUAAAUAAAUAAAUAAAUAAUUUUUUUGUUUAAAUAAUAAAGUUAGUGGAUUUAAUGAUUUAAAACUACUUGAAUAAAUAUUUAAAAUAUCUUGCAAUAACUGAACUAUAUAAACAUGACAUAAUGGUUAGAAAAAAUAAAAUUUCGGUACUUUUCCGUUUUGCCGGCGCAAGCGAUAAAGUCGCUAAUAAUGGUGCAACCGAUGCCAAACGGAAUAUUCUCGCUGGUAACCUUUACGCCUCAU